UCACUAUUGCGCGGCUAAUUAAGGGUAAUUUGCCCUAUGUUUCCACAGGCUUGCCUGAGAUAAUUUAAUAUUUUCUUGUUCAGAAUUAAAUAAUCUACAAAUCUAUGAUAGUACGGUGCUUUAAUUCCGAUUAUAACUAGUAAAAAAUUCAACAUUUGUUCUCGUAUCACUAUUGCGCGGCUAAUUAAGGGUAAUUUGCCCUAUGUUUCCGUAGGCUUGCCUGAGAUAAUUUAAUAUUUUCUUGUUCAGAAAUAAUAUAUUUUUUUGUAUUCUAUAUAUUCUGAUCUUUAAAUCUGAGUCAAAUUUAAAACGAAAUACCACUGUUUCAGCACUAUAAAUAAUUACCGGAAAUAACCCGUUUUAGGGGCAAUUCCGUGGAUGGACAUUAGGCAAGCUAUGAUUUUUGGAAUCCUCAUAUCAUUAUCUAUCUACCCUGUAAAUCUCAUGCUUUAAAUAAUCGUCUCGAUUUUCGACAGCUGGCUCUCGAACCAUAAAGGUUCAAUCAAAAACAGUGUUAAUUUUGCUGUGUUUGACAUCAGUUGAAUAAUAGCACUGUGCACUUUGUGUUUUACUUUGUUAUCCUCAACGAAAGGAAUACUAAUUUGAUUCGAAGUUUCGAAGAGAAAUAACCAAUACUAAGCAUGUCCCAAUCAAAAAAGAAAUGUAGACAGUACAAUGUUGAUUAUCUGAAGUUUGGCUUUAUUCCAUCAUUGUCGAAUAAACAACUGCCAUUGUGCCUUAUAUGCAACAAAGUAUUUAGCAAUGACGCCAUGAAGCCAUCUAAGCUGGAAGAUCAUUUAAGAAGAUGUCAUCCAGAUAAAUUAGAUAAAGAUUUGAAAUAUUUUCAAACUCUCAAAGAGAAUCUUUAGAAGAGACCCACGCUGGACAAAAUGUUCACUUUGACGUCACAAAGAAAUGAUGAUGGUUUUCGAGCGUCUUAUAAUAUCUCGCUACUUAUAGCAAAAUCCGGAAAACCGCAUACCAUUGGAGAGCAGUUAAUUUUGCCAGCCGUUGAAGAGAUUAUAAAAACUGUUUUACACAAACCUGCGUUUGAUAUCAUAAAGAAAAUACCCUUAAGCAACAAUUCUGUUCAAAGACGCAUAGAUGAAAUAAGUGAUGAUAUUGAAAACUUCCUAUGUAAAUAUUUGCAAACGACCCAUUUCUCUAUACAACUGGACGAGUCAACUUUACCCGGAAAUGAAGCAUUAUUACUAGCAUAUGUUCGCUUUAUUAUGGAUCAAAAUAUCCACGAAGAAUUGCUAUUUGCGAGAACUUUGGCAACCGACACUAAAGGCGAAUCAAUUUUUCAUGUUUUGAGGGAUUACUUUAUUGAAAAAGAAAUUCCUCUAUCAAAUAUAAUAUCUAUAGCUACCGAUGGAGCACCUGCCAUGGUUGGUCGAUAUCGUGGAUUUAUAAGCUUUUUAAAAGAAAGCGUACCCGGGGUAUUAGCAGUACAUUGCGUCAUCCAUAGACAACACCUAGUUGCUAAAAAUUUGAAUGAAAGAUUGCAUGAAUCUCUGCAAUUUGUCAUUGACGCACUAAACCGAAUCCGCAGCAAUGCGUUGAAUACGCGAUUAUUUGCGCAGUUGUGUGAAGAUAACGACGAGAACUUCCGCCAAUUACUUCUUCACACUAAUGUGCGUUGGCUGUCGAAAGGUUUAUGCUUGGUAAGAUUUUUUGCACUUUUUGAAACUGUUCUAGAGUUUCUCGAUGGUAGAUAUGAAAAUUUAAAAGAAAGUUUAUUAAAAAGAAAAACGGACAUCGCGUAUUUGACCGAUUUAUUUGCUAAAUUUAAUACGAUGAAUUUGCAGUUGUAAGGUGAUAGUUUAAAUUUGAUUAAGACAAAGUCGGUCAUUUCAGCGUUUCUUGCCAGAAUUAAAAUGAUGAAGCAAAACAUUGGACGGAGCGAAUUUUCACAAUUUCCCAAUUUAUCCCAAGUAAACUGCCAAGAAGACGAUGUUCCAGUCUAUGUGCAUCAUUUGAAUGCACUCUACUCAGAUUUUGAAACGAGAUUCGAAGAUAUUUUGACGCUAGUAAUACCACAAUGGAUUAUUAAUCCUUAUGGUGAUAUUGAGGAGACGGAUAUCUCAUUACAAGAAGAAUUAAUUGGAAUAAGUACAAACGAAGAACUUAAGGUAGAGUUCAGAAAGGGUUAUCAACAAUUUUGGCUUCAGAAAGACAUACCUGCUACAUAUCCCGGAGUGUGGAAUAUCACGAGAAAGUUUUUAAUUGCCUUUCCGUCUUCAUAUCUCGUAGAAAGAGGUUUCAGUGCAGUUACUAAUCUUAUUACAAAAAAAAGAAACAAACUGGACAUAGUAAAUCGAGGAGAUUUGAGAUUAAAUGUUACUAAAUUGAAGCCAAACGUUGAUAAUUUGUUAUUAAAGCAUCAAGUUCAUCCCUCGCAUUGAAUGAAUUAAUUUCUUUUUUGUUUUUUUUUACAACACAUUUUGUUUAAAAUUUAAUUAAUAAAUUAGUUAAUGUAUAAAAA